UUCUGUUUUCUCCAUCCGGUCGGCGGAAGUGACGUUAUUGGAGGAAAACAGGGCUGUGCUUAACUUCUGUGGCAAUAUGGCUGCGGCCAGUUUCGGCGUUCUUUGCAGAAAAGUCUUAACCGGCCUGAAGGUUUCCAGGUCACUUUUAAGUCCUCAGGCCCUAGCUAGCACAGGUUGCAGGUUUUCUCUUAGUCUUUUGCCUAAGAACAUACCAAAUGUCACAUCUUUUCACCAGUGUAGAUUACUUCAUACCACAUUGUCAACGAAAGGACUGGAAGAAUUUUUUGAUGACCCAAAGAAUUGGGGGGAAGAAAAAGUGAAAUCUGGAGCUUCAUGGACCUGUCAACAAUUAAGGAAUAAAAGUAAUGAAGAUUUACAUAAACUUUGGUAUGUCCUACUGAAAGAAAGAAACAUGCUCCUAACUCUAGAGCAGGAGGCCAAGCGGCAGAGUUUGCCAAUGCCAAGUCCGGAGCGGUUAGAAAAGGUAAUAGAUUCCAUGGAUGCAUUAGAUAAAGUUGUCCAGGAAAGAGAAGAUGCCCUAAGACUUCUUCAGACUGGUCAAGAAAAAGCUAGACCUGGUGCUUGGAGAAGAGACAUCUUUGGAAGAAUCAUCUGGUACAUAGUUUCCGCUGUGGUUUUUCCACGAUGAGAGUGGCAGUCUCAU